GCGCCGCCGGAGGGCGGGAGCGGCCGCCCCGGCGCUGCGGGCGGGGCCGGGCCCGGGCGGAGAGCGGCGGGAACGCAGGCGUAAGGGCGAGGAGCGGGGCGGCCACCGCACCCGCUGCUGGAGCCUGGCGAUGCGGGGCCGCCGGCGGGGCGGGCCGAGACGCUCUGCGGCCCCUCAGUGAUACAAGAUGCUGUUUACUUUGGUAUUGUGUGCAGUUGUGCUAACGGGGAGUGGGAAGGUUCAAGAUGAUGAAUGGAUUGACCCCACGGAUAUGCUCAAUUAUGAUGCAGCAUCGGGAGCAAUGAGAAGGCCUUACAAGGCAAAUUAUCAUGGCUCUGAGGAUAAGAGUGUGGAUACAGUCAGUACUGAAAUCCUACCAAGUUGUUCCAGGGAAGUAGAUUCCUUGCAACGGAAGCUUGCAGAAUGCUUGGAGCGGAAUGCCAGAUCACGGGAAAGCCGCAGCUUUUAUAUUUUUAAGCGGUACUUGAAUAAGAUUUUAAAUGAAGCUGGGAAACUUGGCCUUCCUGAGGAAAACGUGGGCCAUGUCCAUUAUGAUGCUGAGAUCAUCCUUACAAGACAGACAUAUUUGGAGAUCCUCAGGUUUCUCAAUGAGGAAACUUGGCAGUCAGGUGCUGUGGAUGAUGCACUUAGUGAUAUUUUGAUCAACUUUAAGCACCAUGACUAUGAAGCUUGGCACUGGAGAUUUGAAGACACUUUUGGAAUUGAUCUAUAUAAUCUGUUUAUGAUACUCUUGUGCUUAGUGUGCAUCGUAGUUGUCAUAGCCACAGAGCUCUGGACACACAUUCAUUGGUUUGUUCAGCUAAAACGUGUCUUAUUGAUAAGUUUUCUCAUCAGUUUUGCAUGGAAUUGGCUUUACCUGUAUAAGCUGGCCUUUGCACAGCACCAGGCAGAAAUUGCAAAAAUGGGGCAGUUUGAUAAUAUCUGUGCUGAGAAGCUGGACUGGAGAGAAAGUCUUCUUGAGUGGCUCAGAAGUAAAUGGACGUUUCAGGAUGAUCCCUGUCAGAAGUACUAUGAAACUCUACUAGUAAAUCCUGUUCUGCUGGUCCCACCAACAAAGGCAUUGGCAAUUACUUUCACCAACUUUGUAACUGAGCCUUUGAAGCACGUAGGACAAGGUAUUGGUGAAUUCAUCAAAGCACUUAUGAAGGAGAUACCACUUAUUCUGCAGAUUCCAGUGCUAAUUAUGAUGGCACUGGCUGUUCUGGCUUUCUGCUAUGGUGCAGGAUCAUCAGUGUCUGUGUUAAGAUACUUAACGUCUUCUCAGAAGAAGAGUCCUCCUUUGCCUGAAAGUCAUCAGAACAUAGACUUUGGGCACUAUGAUGGGAGUGAAUCAGAUGGCUAUUAUUUGCAGAAUCUUCCCUAUGUUCAUAGACGACCUUCUGACAGAGGAGAUGCUCCUGUGAGGCCAGGAAAUGGCAGAACCCCUGACGUGGUGCAUACAACCCAAGUGCCAGACACGCAAGUAGAAGAGUCUCACAAACCAGAACCUGGUAAUAGAUUGCACACUGAGUCUGAAGUUCCUAGACUAGAAACUAUCACAGCUGAAAACCUUACUGAAGAACAUAUACUUGAGCAGCAGAAACAGGAGACAGGUAAAGCAGAGCAAGAGACUGGAGAAGACUGUGAUCCUAAUAAAAACCUCAGAGAGAAAACUCCUGCAAUGGAACCAUGCAAAGAGCCGAGCAGCAGUUCUCACAGGACUCCCAGGAAGGAAACUACAGAAGAAGAGGAGCAGGUCUCACGUGACUCACCAGGAGGAGACUAAGGAAGCCCCAAGGCUUGCUGUGGAGUAGAGGACAUUGCCACCGAAGCAGCUGAGAAUCUGUUCUUCUCCUGGAAGUGGUAUCUCUGAUCAUCCAUCCUGUUACUCUGGAAUCGGCUCAGCAAAUCAAAGAACCCUUCAUCUGCCAUUGUCUCUCGACUGUUUUUCUGAAGAAGAAAGAAGAGUUUAGGGGUAUUUGGAACUCAGGAGUGCCUAAGCCAGGAGAACUGCACCACAGGUUCAAUCCAGCAGUGUGAUUGGCAUUUGUGUAUCUAAAAUCCAUUAAAUUAAUUUUUUUAGUCA